CCAAAUCCUCCCUUCCCAUCACGCUUUGCAGUUAUACAUCCACCAGAGGACACGCAAAAAGGUCGGCACAUCUUUUCUGCGCAACCGAUAUAAUAUCAGUGACCAUGUCUGAGCUGAUCGAGGAGAAGAUCAAGAAUUACAGGACUGCUCCCUUUGACGCCAGGUUCCCCAACACCAACCAGACCCGAAACUGCUUCCAGAACUACCUGGACUUCCACAGGUGUAACAAGGCUCUGUCAGAGAAGGGUCAGGAUGUAGCACCCUGCGACUGGUACCAGAGAGUCUACAAGAGCCUCUGUCCUAUGAGCUGGGUAUGUAUGUGA